CCCUCACGUGCGGGCGGCCCGAGGCGGCGGCGCCGCUCCGAUGGCGGCCCCGGGCGGGCUCGGCCGUUGCGUGGCCGCCUUCUGGCUGGCGCUGGCGUUCGACGCGCUGGGGCUGGCGGUGCUGCUGGCGGGCGUGUUCGCCGACGUGUUCUUCUCCGACCUGCUCAUUUACGCGGGCGGCAUCGGCAUCUUCCUCAGCCUCAUCUGGUGGGUGUUCUGGUACGCGGGCAACCUGGAGGUGCCGCCCGAGGAGCUGCGGGACGACGUGGGGCUGGCGGCGCCCAAGGGCCGCGGGGACACGCUGCUGCGGCGGCUGGUGCACGGGCUCAGCCUCCGCCUCACGGCCGCGCUCGGGCCCGGCCGCCCCGCAGACAUGGAGCUGCAGCGCCCCGCGGGGCCCCGCGGCCGCCCCGCCGAGCCCGGCAGGAUCUGUUGAAGACAUGCCUUUUGAAGUUACUGCCUCAAAAAGCGGAGGAAGGGCUGCAAAUUGUGGAAAGAGAAUUCCCUACUCAAAGCAAGAGGAUUCUCUCACUGUGGAAUAAUCUCUGCGAGCACUGUGGACUCUGCAUAAAAUGGACACAUGGAGUCAUAUCUCUGCCAAAUACACCUAUUUCAGUGUUGGACUGGAUAUGCUUUGAAAUGGUGGGAAAAAAAACCAACACAAAAUCUCUUUAUGAAGUAAGAACUAAAAGAGAACUGAACCCAAUUCCCAGAAAAAUCUCUGCAGCUUGUCAUAUAGUUGUGUUUUUUAACUAUUAUUAUUUUUAAAACCCUGGAAGGUUUGGAUAAAAAGCUCUUGCACAAUGAAAAGCUCUUGCACUGUUUUACCAAAGUCUGGAAGUUAAACUUACUGUGAAUUUUUAUAAUGCCAGUGCAAUACUUUUGUUUGUAAGGGUGCUUUUAAAAUACCUAUAUUAAACUAUUGAUGCAAAGCUGCAAAUGCAGUAGAAGUUGUUUAUAGUGUAAAUACACAAUUUACAGUGUCUCUUGUUAAGUUUCAUUGUUAUUUUGAAACAACCUGGAAUUUGAGAUUUUAGAAUUAGACAAGUAAAAUCAGGGAUAUUGGCGCACCGGUACAGGCUUUGUAGUUGUAGGUGAUGUCAUUUGAUGACUUUUGCAAAAGGUGUUUUUAGUCCAGUGAUGUUGGGAGUUAUUCUCCUAAUGCUGAAGCAUUUGAAGGAAGGGACAAGACUAAAAGAAACUCUCUUGAUUAACAAAUACUCUGAGGUUUUAUAAAAUAUUAACAAACAGUACCUGGAAAAAAGACUUAUGUUAAUGAUACCUAAAAUUCUUGUAUGGAAGAAUUCCUCAUGAGUUCCUCUGCUUUUGAACUAAGAGUCUGAGCCCACCACCAGCAAAUUUUAAGACUGGUAGGUCUUAAAAUUUCAAUGUGCAAUUGGUUUUAUGCCACACCUUACUGAAUACUAGAGGUGGAAUUAAGGAAAAUAUUUACUAAGAACAUUUACUAAGGCUGUACUUCCUGGUGAACUCUUGAAUGUCUUUCAAUGUUUUCUUGUAAAUUACAGAAGUAACUUCUUUUCUAUGCAUAUUCUCUUCUUAAAAGUUUUUCAGAUGCUCUCAGUCUUUUAACAAGUUAAGAAGAACACUAAA